GACACCUUCCGGUAGAGUCUUAGGGUUAGCGUGAUCUAGCGUCAGCUCUCCAAUCCCCAUCACCUCCUUUCUCUUUUCGGAAACAGGUAACAUGGAUAAGGAUGGUACUCAUCACGAUGACAAGGGAGUAGUUUUUGUGACUGUUGGCACUACUUCGUUCGAUGCUCUAGUUAAAGCAGUAAAUGCUGCUGAAGUUAGGAAAGAAUUGUUCAAGAAAGGCUAUACCAAUAUAAUUGUUCAAAUGGGCCGUGGAACCUUUGUUCCCACAAAGUCUGUUUUAGAAGAUGGAUCUCCAGCCCUGGACUAUUUCACUUUCUCAUCGAGCAUUGCCGAAAACAUGAAAUCAGCAUCUCUUGUUAUUAGUCAUGCAGGAUCAGGGAGCAUAUUUGAGACAUUGAGGCUAGGUAAACCAUUGAUUGUGGUAGUCAAUGAGGAUUUAAUGGACAAUCAUCAAAGCGAGCUAGCUGAAGAGCUCGCAGACCGAAAACAUUUGUUUUGUGCCCGUCCACAUUCGCUGUACCAAACCAUCAGAGACAUGGAUUUAGAAUCUCUUGUUCCAUACCAACCUGGAGAUGCCAAGCCAGUAGCUGAACUCAUUUAUAGACACCUUGGUUUCCCGGAGUAAUGGUGAUGGUAUCUUGUCCUCAUAUGACCCAUUUGGUUGGUAUGUAUGCCCUUUUAUCUGUUUUUCAUACAUCCGAUGUGGUUUCAUACCUUCCAAAUAUUUUUCAGUUCGUGACAUUUGACCCUCUUUGGGGGCCAAUGUCUUCGUUAGUCACACCCACCUUACCGGGCCAUCACUCUGAGUCGGCUCUGAUACCAUUUGAUAUAGGCCAAAUUGGAGAGUUCAUCUAAAAGAACCAGCUUGUUAGGACAAGUUUUGUAUAUUGCAAAUGAUUUCAGUUUGUAAUAGUAGAUUAUUAUGGUAAAAUCCUGGGAUAAGAAUUUGGAAG